AUGAUAAAGCCGUGUUCGACGAGCUCUCGCCGGCGACUUAUCUCGGCGUCGCACGGCCCUCCACUGUUGCCCAAACAGGCGCAGCCCCCUAGAGCAGUCUUCCCAUUGGUCAACUCUCCUGGUAGAGAGUUUGGCCCAGGCCCCUGCCUAAACCGCGGGGAACAGGCGCUUCGCUAUAAAUAUUUUUGCUCUGACCACCUCGUUUUCAAUGGUUGCGCCAGUUCGGGACUAGACGUCAGGACGGACGAAUUGGUGCUGAGGCAAGUGACGCCUGCGCUGCAUCGACAGGCCCGCGAAUGGCGUCGUGUGCGAGGUCUCUGCUUGUGCCACUGUCGCGUCACGCGGCGGCCUGCCUGUCAUCUGCGAGGGCGGAUCCUCCUGCGCAGGGGCACCACGCCGACGCUGCAGCACGUCAGGCGCUACCACCAGAAGCGCAGGACCGGCACAGCCACGCAGCUGCAACAUCAGAACCAGCAGGCGUCGCUAAGUGUCGCCACCGCGCUGCCCACCGGUGCGCAUACGGUCAAGGUGAUAUUCAACGAUCACCAGGCGUGUGAGCUCAACUACAUUUGGCUUCGCGACAACUGCAACUGUCCUGAGUGCGUCCACCCGCAGAGCAAGCAGAAGCUUGUAGACACGGCUGGUCUGGACUACAACGUGCGUCCAGUCAGCAUGGAGGUUUCGGCUGACGGAAGCCUGGAGGUCACCUGGGGCGACUCCACCGGCACGCACCAGUCCUCCUACAGUCCCCUCUGGCUAUACCAGAAUGCCAGGAGCUACAUGAUGAACGCAGACACGGAUGAGAACCACAGUCCGCUGCCGCCCAUGGAAUUCUGGGAUAGGGUGUCCAUCUGGAAGAACUUUCCAGAGGUCUCCUACAAGGAGUUCAUGGAAACUGAUGACGGCCUGUACCGGUGGAUGGACUGCAUGUACAAGUACGGCGUGGUCCUGCUCAGAGGCGUACCUUGUGAGAAAGGCGAGGUCCUGAACGCCGUGCGACGUGUGGCGUACGUCAAGUCGACCAUCUGGGGCGACACCUUUGACGUGAUCUGCGAACCCGUCCAGACAGACCCUGGCCACCUAGCUUACACUGGCAUGUACCUAGAGCAUCACACCGAUAUGAACUACCGGGAGAACUCGCCCGGGCUCCAGAUGUUGCACUGCCUGAAGGCUACGGAAAGCGAGAAUGCUGGUGGCAAGUCCUUCUUUGUGGAUGGCUUCAUGGUGGCCAACUGGAUGCGCGACAACAGCCCAGCCGCCUUUCACAUCCUCUCCUCGACGCCGGUCCAGUUCAGCAUAAUCUCGCACAAUAUGCGGUACAGCCAGACGAAACCGGUCAUAUGCGUGAACAAGGACGGGCACGUGUGCGAGAUCCACUACAACAACCGCACACUCGCGCCCGUGCAGACAUCCCCGCACCUGGUGGCGCCCCUGUACCACGCGCUAAAGGAGUUCGCCAUGAAGCUCCGUGACCCCAACUCUGAGCUCAGCUUCAACAUGGCCCCUGGGGAUCUGGUCGCAUUCAACAACCGCCGCGUCCUACAUGGAAGGACGAGCUUCGAUCCCACCAGGGUCACCAGGCAUCUCGAAGGCUGCUACGCCGACAUUGAUGAAGUUUUCACCAAGUACCGAGCCAUGCGCUUCUCGAGGUCGUGAUGUUAAAUUGUGCUCGGCCACAUCAUCCACAUUGACAUCGGUGGCGCCCUCCGCAGCUGUCAUGGAUGUCUUCAUCCUCAACGGCGAAGGCAACAUCGACCAACUUUCAAGAUUGUAGCCAACCAUAAGCUGCACAUUCGUGCUCGUUCUAGAAAAUUAGCAAGUGUUGCUGUUUCUUCUGACCAACGUAUUGCCCGCUUAGAGGGUAAAAAGGAAAGGCCUUAGGGGCUUAAGCUGACAUAGGAAAUUCGUUGCCGUAUCGAGAUUUAUCGGCACUAUUGAACGUAUCCGCUUGAUUGUGAUAGCAUUGCGUCACUUAGCCGCAAGUAAUUGUUGUUUUUUAAACGACAGUAACAACAUGCCUUACCGUUCUGUAUGUUCUGAUUAAGAUAAUGUUAGAGUCAUUGAUUAUCUUUUCGCAUUUUUACCCGCUUUCUGCCAUAAAUGGGCAGUUUGAUUUUUAACAAUGUUGCAUGGAGACCAGAUUUUUUUUUUCGCAUGAGCUUGUAUUUGUGCUGUGCGCAUUGUAAGUGUGUCAUGUAAAUAUACAUCAGUGUUACAGUUCACAGUCCAUGGAA